AUGUCAGAAUAUACAAGCCUUUGGGUGGACGAAAUUACAAGCAUGUAUGAUAAGGGAACAUACGAUAAAGAAGAUUCUUCAAAAUCUGUUUCCAUACACAGAGCACCCAAGUUUCUCAAGGAUUUAAACGAGGCGGCCUACAUUCCUCGUGUUGUGCCACUGGGCCUCUUUCAUCAUCGACCCACAGAAUCUCCUUCUGAAAUGGACCGCCGGAAGAUGGGCGCCGUCCUACGGAUGAAGAAGAGGCUGCCUCUGGAAAAGCAACAACAGUUUUUGCAUCUGUUCAACGACAGCUUCAACUCUUUCAUCAAAAGCUGCUAUGAAGAAGAUAUAGAAACCGAGAACAGCUUCAUUUCUUGGACUUGUCUUCUGGAUGGGUGGUUUAUGCUCGAGAUUUUGGGAGUUCUUGAUCCGGCUGCAGAGAAUAUAUUAGAUCCUGUUUAUAAUCCGAAUAGGAUUAAGUCCUGCCAAUUUGAUAUCCUCUGUGAUUUUUUCAUUCUCGAAAAUCAAAUUCCUAUAGACAUUCUGGUGCAACUCUUGAAAAUGGAACAUGCAGAUGCACCCAAAAAGUUGUAUACAAUGCUACUUGAUACAACUACCAUAAUUCAUCCUUUCCUGCCCAAGCGAUUUCCUGAGCAGGAAAAACCAGAAUGGAAUGAAGCAAAAGAUGGAAAUCUGCAUGAAUAUAAGCACAUAUUAGGAGUAUUCCACAGCUUUGUUUCAGGAGAAUCAAAGCCUCCAAAACAGCCGCACACCUCAAGGGCAGCUAAAAAAUGGAAAAAAUGGAUGACCUGGUCUCAGAAAGGCCAAGAGGAAAACGAAGAACAGCAGCAGUUUCUCGAGUCAUUUAUAACGGCUUCUGCUUCGGAGUUGUUCAGUUCAGGUCUAAGGUUCAAGUCUUACUACGGAAUUCCCUCAAAUGAAAAAAUAACUUUACGUAAACAGGGGGCAACUCUUACACUCCCCACACUGUUCAUCACUGAUACUUCCGAGAUGAUUUUCAGAAAUUUAAUGGCUUUUGAGGUCUUCCAGGCUGAUGGUCAUAAAGAAAUAUCAUAUUAUGUAUUGCUGAUGAAUGAACUGAUUGAGGAAGAGAAGGACGUGGCAGUGCUGAGGAGGGCGGGCGUUAUUCAGAGUUCCAUGGGCACUGACAGCCAAGUGGCCACUCUCUUAAAUGGCCUGUGCAAGGGCCUCAAUUUGCAGGAUUUGAAAGAAGACCCCUAUAUUCAAAUCAAAAUGACACUCAACAAAUGGUAUAGCAGCCUGCCUUUGGUAAAACUUAACCUGUAUUUGCAACAGCAUCCAAAGCUCCUGAAAAAUAUAGCUUUGUUCUGGGCAGUUGCACUAGUCAUAGCCUCUGCUUCAUCCUCCCUUUACCCGUUAUAUCAAAGAUAUCUGACAAAUGCACCAAACCAUUGA